GCGUUUUGGAAAAUAUACAAUGGCCGCUCGCGCUGUUUGCUGUAAUUUGGAGCUGUGUGUUAAAUAAAUGUGAAAUAAUGUGUAAGUGUAAUUGAUAAAAAAAAAAAAAGAAAGAAAAAGCGUCAUGAUUAAAGAAAUGGCGAAUGAUGAGGCUGUUCAGGCAACAAAUGAUGAUGCAAGUGAAUGUAAAAAAUAUGCGGUUCAGUGUGGAUAUUGGUCGGAUCCAUUUAUAAACUAUUUCGUCAAGCACACCAACAAGAAGACACCAGAAAUUAAUCGUGGAUAUUAUGCUAGAGUUAAGGGAGUUGAAGUGUUUAUUGAUAAAUUUCUAAAGUUAUCAGGAGGAAAAGGUCAAAUUAUAAACCUUGGCGCAGGUUUUGACACUCUUUAUUGGAAACUCAAAGAUGCUGGAAACAGUCCAGUAAAUUUUAUAGAACUAGAUUUUUCCAAUAUCACUGCGAAAAAAUGUUACCACAUUAAAAAACAGAAACAACUGAUAGAUAGGCUUAAUACCGAAGAUGGAGAAAUAAGAUUUUCCUCGACAGAAUUACACGCCGCCAAUUAUCACUUAGUUGGAGUAGAUUUACGUCAUACUUCAGAUUUGGCGAAUAAAUUGUCACAAGCCGAAGUGAAUUUCAAUUUGCCAACAUUGUUCCUCGCCGAAUGUGUUCUCGUAUAUAUAGAAACAAAUUCGGCAUCGUCACUUUUACAAUGGUUUGCUGGAAAGUUUCCCAAUAGUCUUUUUAUUAAUUACGAGCAAGUAAAUAUGCGUGAUAAAUUUGGACAAGUUAUGCUCUCUAAUUUACGUAGCCGCGGUUGUCUUUUGGCUGGAGUUGAAGAUUGCGAAUCUUUGGAAACACAACAAAGACGAUUCACAGUGAAUGGAUGGGAAGGAUCAAAUUCUUGGACGAUGGUGGAGGUUUAUGAUUCUUUGCCUGAAAGUGAGCGAAUUCGAAUCGAAAGAAUAGAACUUUUAGAUGAAAGAGAAUUGCUGACUCAACUUUUGCAGCAUUAUUGCAUCGCUAUCGCUUGGAAUGGACCGAUGUUUAAAAAUCUCUCCAUAGCUCAGGGUUAGGCCUACCCCAAUCAUCACAGUUACUCCAGGUAGUGACUUUUAUUGAUUAUUAUAAUAAUAAUAUUAUUAUUAUUGAAAGAAAAUAAUGUCAGCGUCGAACGCAAAAAACAAAAAGAAAAUUACUUAUUUUUUUCAAGCAGCUAUUUAAGUAGCUUGAUUAGUUGCGUCCUUUAAUUUUUUUAAUUGAUAGUAGAAAAGAAAAAAAAAACAAAGCAGUACAGACUGAUUUAAUAUUUAUUAGUUAAGCUCAACGUUUAAGGAAAGGACCGAAUAUGAAAAAUGCAGAUACCAUAGAAAUAGGAGAAAAUUAAACUAUUAUAUAUAUAAAUUUCUCAAAGAGUAAAAAUAUAUAUAUAUUUUUUUUUUGCGGAACGAUAUAGUAAUAAACGUGAUAAAAAAAAUUAACUUACACUAAAUUUUAGAAAUUUUAUUUUACUUUUUAAUCGCACAAUCGUUUGAGUUCUUCUAUUUCUAUGUGAAUUAUUGCCUUCCAUAGAAGAUUCAAAUUCAAUGGGUGAGCUUCUUAUUGGAAAGAAUUAUAAUAUAUGAAAAUGUUAUUUAUUCUGGUGGAAUACUUACUGUGAUUGUUUUCAAUUUUAACAUAACUACUUCUCAAGUAUGGGCCAAAUGCUCAAAAUAAAAAAAAAAGAACCUUUAAAAUUAUGUAGUUUUAGUAUGUACUAUAAAUAUAGUAUUCAUUUAUAAUCUAGAUUUUGGAUAUUUCAAUCAUCUCUAUAAGAAAGUAAUUUUGAAAAUUAAUUAUAUUUACAUAACCUUUAAAAGGUGUAGAAAUUUGAGAUGAAAGUGAACGUAUUA